CAUCAUCUGCAUUCUUUUCUUUUCAUCAUCUUCUGUUUUGCCUAAUAAUUUGUAGUGUAACCUUUCCCAUUAUUCCUUCUGUAUUGGCUACUCACUUCUCAAAUGAAACUGAUAAACUUGCCCUUUUCGAUUUCAAACACCAUAUUACUUAUGAUCCACAGGGAGUAUUACUCAACUCGUGGAAUGAGUGGAUGUAUCAUUGUGGGUGGCAAGGAGUGAGUUGCGGUCAUCGACACCAACGAGUUGUGGCUUUGAGGCUUCCUGAGAUGGGUUUGGGCGGAACCAUAUCUCCUCAUAUUGGAAAUCUCACAUUCCUCCGGGUUGUUCAUCUUGGUGGGAAUCGGCUGUACGGUGAGAUUCCCAGACAAAUUGGUGGUUUGCUUCGACUAAGAUACCUCAACCUGUCUGUGAAUACAUUGACAGGAGAACUAGCUGCUCUUAAUCUUAGCAACUGUCUACAACUCAGGCAACUCCAGUUAUCAAAAAAUGGCCUCCAUGGGAAGCUCCCUACAGAGCUAGCUGAUUUGAAGAAGCUACAAAUCCUUUCUCUCAACACAAACCAGUUGACAGGUGGGAUUCCUCCGGCAUUUGGGAAUCUUUCAUCGCUUCAAGUGCUGCGCUUGGAAUAUAAUCAUUUGGAGGGAAGUAUUCCGCAUGAGAUUACACAUUGUUGGGGUUUAAAUAUGCUUUCACUUGGAGCCAACAAUUUCACUGGUACACUAUCUUCUGCUUUCUUCAAUAUGACUUCACUUACAGAUUUUUCAGUAACGGAAAACUCACUUCAUGGGACCAUUCCAAGCAACAUAGGAAACAUCAUGCCCAAUUUGGUAAGAUUCUAUUUUGGUCUAAACAAAUUCCAUGGAACCAUUCCUACUUCGUUUCCCAAUGCGUCUAAGCUUCAAUAUCUUGAGGUAUCAAGAAACUACCUUGUAGGCAAAGUUCCAGAUAAUAUUGGAAAGUUAAAGGAUCUUAUUUAUUUGAAUCUUGAGAGCAAUCUUCUUGGUAGCACUGGUCCCCCUCCCCUUGAUGACUUGACCUUUAUAAGCUCUCUCUCAAAUUGUAGUAAUUUGAGUGUGUUUUCUAUUCAUGAUAAUAAAUUUGAAGGUAAAUUGCCAAACACCAUAGCUAAUCUCUCAUCCAAACUCCUUCAUAUGUUUCUAGGAGGGAAUAAUUUAUUUGGAACAAUACCAAUGUCAAUAAAAAAUCUUGUUAGCUUGACCGCUUUAGCCCUUGGAGAGAACCUCUUGUCAGGUGUUAUUCCCAGUGAGAUAGGUUACUUGCAAAAAUUACAACUUUUGAGUUUAGAACAAAACCAAUUCUCGGGAGAAAUACCAUAUACUCUGUAUAAUCUCACCUCUUUAGCAAUACUUGAUAUUCGUUAUAACAAUUUAGAUGGCAAUAUACCUUCAGAUAUAGAAAACUUUAGGAAUUUAGAUGUAUUGCUCUUGUCCAAUAACAAAUUCAGUGGAACCAUUCCUCAACAAGUUUUUGAUUUGCCCUCUUUGUCUAAAUACCUUGACCUCUCUGGUAAUUCAUUCAUUGGCCCAUUGUCUCCUGCCGUUGGAAAAUUGAAAACAUUAAAUGCAUUAGACAUCUCUGGGAACAAAUUGUCUGGCAAAAUUCCAGAAACAAUUGGGGAUUGUUUGAGCCUUGAAUACCUUUAUAUGAAUGCUAAUCUCUUUGAUGGAAAAAUCCCACAUUCUUUGGUUUCCCUAAAGAGUAGUAAGGUUUUAGAUAUCUCAACCAACAAGUUGACUGGAGAGAUACCGAGUGGAAUCCAACACCUCCCUCUCUUGCAAUAUUUGAAUCUUUCUUUCAAUGAUCUAGAAGGUGAGGUGCCAACAAUUGGAGUUUUUGCCAAGGCAAACAGUGUAUCACUGGUUGGAAACAAAAAACUUUGUGGUGGUAUACCUGAGCUAAAUCUACCUCGGUGUCCUGUCAUAAAAAGAAAACAUAAAAAGUUUCAAAAGCUUAAGAUUGUUAUCUUCACAUGUGUUAGCGUGGCGGCGGCUCUGGUGUUUGCAUCCUUUAUUGUUUUUCUAUCACUGCGCCGAAGGAAAAACAAAUUGAAGGAUUCUUCUGAGCUAUCCGGUAUUGAAAAGCUACCCAAGAUUGCUUAUAGUGAUCUGCACCAAGCUACAAAUGGCUUCGCUGACACAAAUUUGAUUGGUUCCGGUAGUUUUGGCUUUGUUUACAAGGGAACUUUUGAGCAAGGUGUGAAACAGAUAGUUGCAGUAAAGGUACUUGACCUCUUAAAGAAUGGUGCAACAAAGAGCUUCCUUGCAGAAUGUAAAGUUUUAAGGAGGAUACGCCACCGAAAUCUUGUUCCAAUUUUGACUUGCUGCUCAAGUUGUGAUUUCGCAGGCAAUGAAUUCAAAGCUCUUGUUUAUAAGUUUAUGGAAAAUGCGGACCUUGAUAUGUGGUUGCAUACAAGUUCUGUUGACGAUGCAAGGACAAAUGUUCUAAGUGCUCUUCAAAGGCUAAACAUUGCAAUUGAUGUAGCUUCUGCAUUGCAUUAUCUCCAUGAGGAUUGUGACCCAACAGUCAUUCAUUGUGAUCUAAAACCGAGUAACAUUCUCCUCGACAAAGAUUUAACUGCUCAUGUUGGAGAUUUUGGGAUAUCAAGGCUUUACUCAUGUACAAUUGAAGAUUUAAAUGGAGAACAGACUAGUACGGUAGGAUUAAAGGGAUCUGUUGGUUACAUCCCACCAGAUCUAGAAUAUGGGAUAGGAGCAAUGGCAUCAACUUUUGGAGAUGUAUACAGCUUCGGAAUCCUUUUGUUGGAAAUGUUCACUGGAAGAAGACCCACAGAUAAUUUAUUUAGUAGUGAAUAUAAUAGUGUUUAUGAGUAUGUUGAGGCAGCUUUACCACAACAAGUGUUGAAGAUUGUAGACCCAUUCCUUGUAGCAAGCAUAGAAAACAAAGAUGGAUUAAGAGCGGACGAACGGUUGGACAAUGAUGAUGAUGAUGAUAUGGUGGAAAUUAAAGAGAGCAAGAUCCACAGCUUCUUCCGCUCCAUCUUCAUAAUUGGGCUCACUUGUGCUUCUAGAUCACCAAUGGAUCGCAUGCAUAUGAAUGAUGUGAACAGGGAACUACACAAGAUUAAGAAAGCUUUCUUGGCGUAUCUAUAAGCAAGAAUGCCGGGUCAAGCGACAUUACAACAUCUCCCACGGUGAUCGAACUAGCUAGCUAGAAGUUUAUAAGAAAAGUUUGUUAGUUGUUCAAGUUGCAUAAUUUAUGUUUCUCUACACUUCAUCAUUUGAUAUAAAAGUUGUCUUGGUUUCUUUGAUGUUUGUUAAUGAAGG